AUGCUAAUGGUUCUUCAGGUAAUCCGGUCCUUCGAUAAUACACGCAGCGAAACGAUUCAAUUUCAUACACCCCUCACAUUGAUUGUCGGAUAUAAUGGAUCAGGGAAAACGACCAUCAUCGAGUGUCUCAAAUAUGCGACAACGGGCGACCUCCCUCCGAACAGCAAAGGCGGUGCUUUCAUCCACGAUCCAAAGCUAUGUGGCGAAAAAGAGGUGCUCGCUCAGGUGAAGCUGUCAUUCAAGAGCACCUCCGGAGCGAAAAUGGUUGCUACGCGCAGUCUACAGCUUACGGUCAAGAAAACCACACGACAACAGAAGACACUUGAGGGUCAGUUGCUGAUGAUCAAAAAUGGCGAACGGACGGCUAUAUCAUCGCGAGUGGCCGAGCUAGACCAAAUCCUGCCACAGUAUCUGGGUGUGUCGAGGGCUGUGCUUGAUUCGGUCAUUUUCUGUCAUCAAGACGAAAGUCUGUGGCCGAUGAGUGAACCGGCGGUGUUGAAAAAGAGAUUUGAUGAGAUCUUUGAGGCGAUGAAGUACACAAAGGCCAUCGACAACAUCAGAGCUCUGCGAAAGAAGCAGAACGAGGAGCUUGGCAAAUACAAGAUCAUGGAACAGCAUGCGAAAGAAGACAAGGACAAGGCAGACCGCGCCGAGAAACGAUCCGUCAAGCUUCAAGAUGAAAUCGAGGCUCUGCGAGAAGAAACUCAGCAGAUGUCGAAAGAGAUGCGGCGUGUCGCAGAGCUUGCGGAUAAGGCUUGGACGCAGUCUGAAAGCUACGCCCAAGUCCUUGGUGCUCUUGAGGGGAAGCGCAUCGAAGCUAAAAGCAUCCAGACCACCAUUGACAACCUCAAGAGACAUCUAGUUGAGCUUGAUGACUCUGAUGAAUGGCUCGAAUCCACCCUAGAGCAAUUUGAAACGAAGCAGAUCCAUUAUCAGCAUGAAGAAGAGUCCCAGAAGGAGAAAUAUAUGGAAAUCAAAGAUCGCAUUGAGCAGACUCGGCAUCGCCUUGGUCUGAAACAGGCCGAGAACGGAAGAUUUGAGAACGAUAAAGCCAAUUUCGAGCGCCAGACUCAAAGGCGCCAGGAGAUGAUCAAUGAGAUUGCUCGCUCUAACAACAUUCGUGGCCUUGAUGACAAAAUGGAUCAGUCUGAGAUUGAGACAUUCAUGCAGAAGAUCAAGCGCCUUUUGAAAGAGCAGAAUCAGUCUCUGGAUCGUGUAAAGCGUGAAGCCCAGAAAGAGCUCCGUGAGGUGCAAGAAAGGUUGAGUGAGAUUGGGCAAACCAAGUCGGCUCUUCAAGAGACCAAAAAUGCUGCUAAGCGACAGAUUGCCGCAAAUGACAAGGAGGCAACGAGCUAUCAAACGAAACUCAAUGCAAUUGAUGUUGAUGAGGGUUCCCAAGCGGCACUUGAGUCGAAGCUUGAGGACAUCACGUCCGGCCUCGAGCACGCAAAAGAGCGAGCUAAAACUGCUUCCUGGGAUCAAGAUAUCCAGGAUACCAAUGCGGAGAUUCGUCGCCUCGAGGAUGAAAGCUCCAGGUUGAACACUGAGCUGAUUGAGUCAACCAAGAAGGCCGGCGACUUAGCUCGCCUUGACCACCUCAAGAAGGAAUGCAAAGACCGAGAGCGCAGUCUCCAAACGAUGACAGGCGCUCAUGGCGAUCGUCUCGUGAAGGUCAUUGGUCCAGAUUGGAAGCCCGAGACACUGGAGCGAGACUUCCAACAGGCCCUCGAUAGUGAAUCCAAGAAUGUCGCUGACGCGGAGCGAGAGCGCGACGGUGUGAGCCGAGAGCUGGAGCAUGUGGAGUUCAAGCUCAAGACUGCCAAGAAGAACCUCAAGCAACGUCAAACGGAACUUGAGCAAUGCGUGAAAGAGAUUCGCGAGGCUGUUGACGCAGAACCUUCUGAAUACCCUGAAAUCGUCAAAGAACGCCAGGCACAGUACGAUCUUGCCAGGAAAGACGCCGAUCAAUAUGCUGGAAUGGGAGAGUAUCUCAUUAAAUGUCUUGAUGCUGCUAAGCGGACCAAGCUGUGCCGAACAUGUUCAAGAUCUUUCAAGAACGAGGCCGAACUCCAGGCAUUCACAAGAAAGCUGGAUGCUCUAGUCAAGAAGGCUAGCCACGAUGCUGACGACGAGGAGUUGAAGGCUCUCGAAGAACAUUUUGAAAUUGCCCGCGAGGCUAGUUCGUCCUACGAUACUUGGGUCCGUUUGUCAGAGACUGUCAUUCCGGAGCUUGAACAGGAAGAGCAGGAAUGUGAAGCCCAGCGAGACCGGCUUGUAGACAAGCUGGAAACGCAUGAUGCGAAGGUCAGCGAGAAGGCCGAAAUCAAACGUGACAUUGAAGGGCUGGCUAAGACAGUCGGCACUAUCGCGCGUUACGAUACGGAGACCAAGACAAUCAAAGGCCAGAUAGAAGAGCUCGCUGCAAAGCAGCAAGACACUUCAAUGGCUCGCACUCUUGAAGAUAUACAGGACGAGAUCGCUUCCCUCAACGAAAAGUCACGAGAGUUAAAGAAGACUCUCACGAAGGUGACGAAUGAGAAAGAAAAGACACGGGCUGAUAUCAACAAGCUCGAGCUUGAGUUCCGAGAUGUGAAAAGCAACCUAGACAAUGCGAAAUUCCAGCUUGAAAAGAAAGCGGAUCUAGUUGCUCGGAUGGAGGAAUUCAAGACGCUCAACAGUCAGCAGCGGGAGGCAAUUGAGAAAGCAGAUCGGGAUAUCGAAGGUCUUACACCCGAAUUACUUCAAGCUCAAGCCCGUUAUGAUGAAAUCAGCCAGCGAGCUGAUGAACGCGAACGAGAUCUGCAGCAUGAGAUUAGCCGCUUGUCCGAGAACAUCAAUCAGCUCGACCUUGCCAACGGCGAUAUUGAUUCGUACAUCGAACGAGGAGGCCCGGAUCAGCUUGAACGUAGCGCGCAGGAGCUUCAACAGAUUGAAGCUGAGAUCGGCAAACUCGAAUCCGAGCAAAGCGAGAUCACAAGGGCGAUCAACAAGAUCUCCACCCAACUCAAAGACAGCGAAAACACAAAACGACAAUACUCAGACAAUCUGACAUAUCGCCAGGCUACUCGCUCUCUAAACAGGGUUGCUGAGGAAGUUGAGCAACUGGAAGCACAAAACGCAGAAGUGGACCGUGGCCGUUUCAAACAAGAGUCAGAGCGCUGGACUCGCGAGCACAAUGCCCUUGCUGCCAAACAGGCGAGCAAAAUGGGUGAAAUGAAGUCCAAGGAUGACCAGCUGAUGCAGCUGUUGGCAGACUGGGACACUGACUACAAGGAUGCAGCCAGCAAAUACAAGGAGUCUCAUAUCAAGGUUGAGACCACCAAGGCCGCCGUCGAAGAUCUGGCUCGAUACGGUGGGGCUCUUGACAAGGCAAUCAUGCAAUAUCACGGCCUAAAGAUGGCAGAAAUCAAUGCCAUUGCUGGCGAACUCUGGCAAAAGACAUACCGCGGAACAGACGUCGACACUAUUCUUAUUCGGUCCGAUAAUGAGAACGCCAAGGGUAACCGAUCUUACAACUACCGAGUCUGUAUGGUGAAGUCAGGAGCAGAAAUGGACAUGCGCGGCCGCUGUAGUGCGGGUCAAAAGGUGCUGGCUAGCAUCAUCAUCCGUCUUGCGCUUGCGGAAUGCUUUGGCGUCAAUUGCGGUCUUAUUGCUCUUGAUGAACCCACCACGAAUCUUGAUCGGGAUAAUAUCCGCUCGCUGGCUGAGUCACUGCAUGACAUUAUCCGCACUCGACAGCAGCAGGCUAAUUUCCAGUUGAUUGUCAUCACCCACGACGAGGAAUUCCUGCGUCAUAUGCAAUGUGGGGACUUCAGCGACUAUUACUACCGUGUUUCGCGCAACGAGAGACAAAAAUCGAUCAUUGAGCGGCAGUCAAUCGCAGAGGUCAUGUAA